AGGCAGAGGUCUCACUAUUAACGAUAUCAGGUCCCACGGCUACUGGAUUCCAGGCAUCAACCGAGCAGUAGCUUCCUACAUUCGUCAAUGCAUCAUCUGUAGACGGCUCCGGAAACCAACGGAAGAGCAAAGGAUGGCAGAUCUACCCCCUGAACGUGUAGAACCAUCAGCCCCCUUUACUUUCUGUGGAAUGGACUGCUUCGGCCCAUUCCUCACGAGACAAGGAAGAAAAGAGAACAAGAGAUAUGGUCUCCUUUUCACUUGUCUUAGCUCCCGUGCAAUUCAUAUGGAGAUGCUUGAUGACUUGUCCACUGAUGCCUUUAUCAAUGGCCUUCGAUGCUUUAUUGCUAUUCGUGGUGCUGUUCGUCAGAUCAAAUCUGACCAAGGAAGUAACUUUUUCGGAGCCAAAAAUGAACUCAAAGAAGCCUUAAAGGAAGUAAAUGCAGACCGGCUGGCUGCAUAUCUUGCAGAGAAACAAUGUGACUUCUGUAUGAAUGCACCCUAUUCAAGCCAUGUUGGAGGGGUUUGGGAGAGGCAGAUUAGGACAGUGAGAGGCAUUCUAAGGUCCACACUUGCUCUUUCCUCUGGUAGGCUAAAUGAUGCUUCCCUGCGGUCUUUUCUCUAUGAAGCUAUGGCAAUUGUCAACAGUCGACCACUGACCGUUAAUAACCUCAGUGAUCCUCAUAGCCUCGAGCCGCUCACCCCUAAUCAUCUUCUCACUCUGAAAUCUGUCAAGGCCUUGCCUCCUCCAGGUGAGUUUGUCAGAGAAGACGUGUAUGGCAAGAAGAGGUGGCGUCAUGUUCAGUACCUGGCGGAACAGUUCUGGAGUCGAUGGCGAAAGGAAUACCUCGCUAACAUUGCUCUCAGACAGCGUUGGCAUACACCAAGGAGAAAUCUGCAAGUUGGAGAUAUUGUAAUGAUGAAAGAAGAAGACGUGCACAAGCAUGAAUGGAGAUUGGGCAGGGUUUCAGUAACCACAACUGACAAAGACGGACUAGUGAGGAGAGUUAAGGUUCGCCUCGGCGACAAGAAGCUUGGAAAAAAGGGAGAGCGUCUCCACAAGAUGUCUGAGGUCGAACGACCAGUCCAAAAGUUGGUCUUGCUGCUGGAGUCUGAUUAAACUUACUCACUCCCCUAUGGUUCACAAUACUUUUUCAAAACGGCUUGUGAACUCGGUUUAUAAAGGCUCGUCACUUUCUUACUUAUGAAAGGUCAUAUUCAGUUAAAAAUCAUUUGUGCUUAAUGUAAAUUCUAUACAGUUACAUUAUUUACUCAUGAUUGGUGGGAGUGUAAAUGACUCUGAAAAUGUUCCAUUAAUAUGUUGACUAGUUCCUGCACAAAUUUAUUUGUAAGUGCCUUUGCAUGUUUUUUUUUUGGUCCUUUUAUUUUGAAGUUCUUCCGGUGAGACCGGAAAUAGAUGUACCUGUCGCAACUUGACAUUGCAAAAAGUCCGUUAGUUUUACGUUUACUGAAGGAGAAGGAGUUCAUGUUUGUUUAUUCUUCAAUCCACUUUACGGACUGCUAAGCUCCUAGCUGGAACGGGAACAAGCUCUUACGGUGAUUUCUGGAUCUUUAUGGAAAAGGAACAUUUGUGUUCAAAAAUAAAAGAUUUCUGAAACAUCAGUACGCUUCAUCAUUGUCCGGCUGGGGUCAGC